AUUCUCAUGUCUUUGUAGCCUUAUAAAUCGUGAAAUUGCAUCAUUUUCUCUUAUACAUGUACCAGAACAGUCAAAAUGGGGCGAAGACCGGCCCGUUGUUACCGUUACUGCAAGAACAAGCCAUAUCCUAAGUCACGCUUUUGCCGUGGUGUCCCAGAUGCCAAAAUUAGAAUUUAUGACUUGGGUCGCAAGAAAGCUCGAGUAGAUGAGCUUCCUCUGUGUAUCCACAUGGUGUCAGAUGAGUAUGAACAGCUGUCCAGUGAAGCCCUGGAGGCAGCUCGUAUCUGCUGUAACAAAUACAUGGUGAAGAACUGUGGUAAGGAUUCCUUCCAUUUGCGCAUGAGGCUGCACCCUUUCCAUGUUAUCAGGAUCAAUAAGAUGUUGUCGUGUGCUGGAGCUGAUAGGCUCCAGACAGGUAUGCGUGGUGCCUUUGGAAAACCUCAAGGCACAGUGGCACGUGUCAACAUUGGCCAGGUUAUCAUGUCCUUGAGAACAAAGGAUGGGAACAAGGCAGCUGCUAUUGAGGCCUUGAGAAGAGCCAAGUUCAAGUUUCCAGGAAGGCAAAAGAUUUAUGUGUCCAAGAAGUGGGGAUUUACCAAGUUUGAUCGAGAAGUUUAUGAGGAGUGGCGUGCCUCUGGAAAGCUUGUACCUGAUGGAGUAAUGGCAAAGUACAUGGCAGAUCAUGGUCCCCUUGCGGCCUGGAAGAAACAACAUGCAGCUUAACUUGUGCAGACAUGUGAAUAACAGAAAUUAAAGCUCCAUGAUAAUUAACCAGCA